AUGGCAGACCUGUAUGGCGAUGAUUUUGAGCUCUUGUUAGACGAAUGUGAAUCGAAUGUUAUCGUAGAUUUCGUUAUUUUCCCGCUUAAUGAUAAUCUGGAAGAAGAAAAGCAUAAAAUCGCCGUCCCGAAGAUCGAAAUCAAACAAGAACCAGAGUAUUGUUUUGAUUUCCAUGAGGAAUCCACACACAUCAAUUUCAAAGAGGAACCCAUCUCCGAUGAUAUCAAAGAAGAAUUCCCCUCCAACCUCAGCAAUUUGCUAGAGGAAGCACUACAGCUAAAUCAUGAAUUACAAAAGGAUUUUGAAGGCAUUCUUUAUGGAUUUAAAGAAACUCUUCGGUUGAACUACCAAAAACAAAAUGAAUUGGAAGUAGAAAUAAUAGCAUUGAGAAAAAGAAUUUCUGGAGCAGACAAAACAGAACAUGAAAAAAGAGUUAACAAAAGACAACAGCUCUCAAUCUCAUAUUUUGGAGCCCCCUACUUCAAGAGCAAUUUAGUUCUGGAAAGAAUUCCUCCAAUGAAUGCAGAUGUAGAUAUUGCACGAAAAUUAAAUUUGAGACCCAUAAUCUUUCCGUCAAAGAGGAUAAAAAUGACGGACUGCGAAGAAAUCAAAUUGCACGAAGCUGUAAAAUCGGAAGUUAUACGGUUGGCAUUAGAACUCAAACUGGGGCCCGAACAAGAAAAAUUGGAAAAGAAAUUGGCAAUGCAGAAAGAAAAAGGACGCGGCACGAGAUCUACUGAGAUGCUUCUGGCAAAACUAAAACAGAGAAUUAGCAGUCUUGGACAAGAUGAACACGAACUCUUCAAAGACUCCACCAUUCAUCGUAUAGAUCUCGUCCGAUGGGAUUUGAUUGCCUACGUGAUAUUUCCAAAUAAGUUUGAGUAUACUGGCGAAUUUUUACGGCUUUGGUGGACAAAUUACCUUCGCUCUGAUUUAUUGAAAGGAGAAAAAAGUACAAAAGAAAAACAAGCCCUUAAAACACUGCUUGCAAAUGUCGACUUGAAUCGGGGCGUGUCGUGGUCGGAAAUCGCAAUAGAAUUGGCACGUAAAACUAAAAGUAAACUACAGCGACCUGCUUUCGAUUGUUUUUCUUACUUCCAACGCCGUUUGAAUAACCAUAAUCGUAUAUUCGGCUGGUCAAAGGAAGACGAUGCGAAGCUCACUUUAAUUUUCAACCAGCAUGUAUAUGUUGACAGUAAUGGAUUAGUCAGAGUCGACUGGGAGGGAAUUCGACCGCAUUUUCUUGGUCGAUCAGUAGCGCAAAUGUGGAGCCACUUAAAGUACAGUGCACGCGCUUCCUAUACCUUUCCGAAUGUGACCGUCUCAAACGUUGAAAGCGGUCGAAAACAAGUGAUUGCUAGAAAGGCUAAAGUUGCUACUAAAUUGAAACCCCGUGGAAGACCGAGCCGAGUCAAAAUCCCACUUGAAGACGAACUCCAACAGUUGCUCCGACCCAUGGGAAUCUUCAGGCAGUACCGUCAGCGCGUCAUGUCGCUUCCCGGCGAUGGUCGCAGAAACGGCCCAGUGCUCGCUGCUCUCUGUCGCUUGUUGGGCGUCCAGUUCGACACGACCAAGCUUCCCAACGUGGAAAAAGGAGCAUGGAAUCGUGCCACCAUAGAUGCAUUUUAUGCAUCUGGAAUUGAAGAAAAAGACCUCCAUUCAUAUAGGGUUCUACUGGACAUGAUUGCGGAAUUUCCAAUAGAACAUGAUACCUACAACGCACGCUACUUGUCUGGAGAGACCCCACCGCCGGAAUCACUUCUGCCCCCUUCGCUUCACACUCUGGCUGGGCUUAGAGGACUGCUACUUUGGAGCGAGUCCGUAGCACAUGAGGUGGAGGAGAAGUUUGUUAAAUUGGAAAAGGUCGAAGCAGCCGAUGACUUGUACGAAGCCACAGAUGUGGACAUAGAAGACCUGAAAAUCGAAGAUGUUUUCGGAGAUCCUGAAGCUGAUAAACAGUUGCUUUUUUUCCUAGAAAGCAUUUUUGGUUUGACCGGAGAAAUGGCCUGCGUCUGGUGAAGACGUUCU